AUGGAGACUUAUAACGAGUGGGAUGAAGUAAUGGAUAAGAAUAUUCCAUUACCAGAGGACAACUUUGAUCAGUACUUCACCGAAUAUAACGAAAUCGACAAUUUAUUCAACGAGACAUUAACGGGAUUACAGGAUUUAGAUGUUCCAUCCGGAUUUGCUACUAAAAUACAGGAUGCUAGUCUGGCACAAACAACCACAGUUAAUCAUCACCAAGCAAAACACAGUAGAAAAAUAAGUGGAACAGCUAUUUUCGGGUUUUCUGACCAUAACAGAGAAUUAUCCAUUGGCGGUCUAAACAGUGACUUAUAUAAAUCUGUGAAGCACUCUCUAGACUUAGGAAAAUCUGUUUCCCCUGGUGAUUUGCUUAGAUCCUUAAGUUCUCAUCACAGCUCCCAAAAUGAUCCUAUCCUGCUAGAAAAUCCGCCAGCAGUUAGAAUGGAGAAAAAGGCUACCAAAGAAAUAUCACCGGUAAAAUUCCAAAAGGAAAGUAAGGACUAUAUUGUCACAAACACGAAUCCUAAAUCCUACAAAUUUCCACCUUCACCCGAAACCUCCUCUCAACCACCUUUAUCUUUUGAAAAAUCAGAUACUAAAGGUGGCUUUCAAUCUGUGAAUAACUAUUCUGUGAGAUACUUACAAAAUUUGAAGUCCCCUUCUAGACAUCACGAAGCUUAUGUCGAUGACAUUGAACCAUUACUUGAAUCAAAUGCUCUGGCUGAACAACAAAAUAAUCCAUUCAAUCCACAGAACGGUUACAAAUAUGUCCCCAUCCCUGUUCAACAACCUGUGGGCUACAAAAAAGUACAUUCACAACUUCAGAAUAUUCCUAACCCACAGUUAAAGAAUAACUUCAACUCUUUUUUACCACCACCAUCACCUCCUACUUUGUCAAAUGGAUCUCCAGAAUGGCAGUCAUCGCCUGAGCCACAAUCACCUUCUCCAAGUAGAGUUGUGAAUAACGAUCACAACCAGCAUAAAUUCUCCUCGCCAAUACAUCCACAGUUGAGAGGUAAGGUGAAUUUCUACACACCUCAAUUCUUUUCUGAGUCAGAAAACUUCCUCGGAGAUGGUUAUCAAAAUGAACAAACUUACAGUAAUAACCAAAACCCUCAACUUGAAAACAAUCAGAUUCGUCAACCUUCUCAUACCUCACCAUUUCAAACCAACAUGGGAGUUCAACUUCAGUCUUCACCAAUUUAUGGUCCCAAUAAAUCCUUAAAUUCAUCUCCUGUGAAGUAUUACACUAGUCCUUUAAGAAACUUGCAAUCAACUAAUGAUGAUACAGUUGAUGCUAAUGCAACUAUAACACAAUUGACCCCUUUGAAAAACACGUUACCAAAUACACCUGCCCGUAACCAAAUGAGAUUGGAAUGGAGUCCUAUAAUUUCUCCCAAUGCGAAGGCUUCAAAAGAUGUUAAGAAACAUAUUCAACAAUCUUCCGUGAGAAGAAGAGUAAAAAAGACUUCUUUAUUACCUCCUGGUGAGUUAGAUAAUUAUUGGGUGGGUCCAAACGAAGACAAAAUAUAUUUAUGCACAUUUAAAGGUUGUGGUAAAGAGUUCACAAGAAGAUAUAAUGUCAGAUCUCAUAUUCAGACGCAUCUUAGUGAUCGUCCUUUCGCCUGUCCUUCAUGCCCAAAAAGAUUCGUCAGACAGCACGACUUAAACAGGCACAUAAAAGGACACUUGGAGACGAGAAACUGCAAGUGCACUUGUGGAAAAGAAUUUGCUAGAUUGGACGCUUUGAAGAAGCAUAGAAACAGAAAUAUUUGUGUGGGGGGAAUCACUAGUAACGUUAAUCAUUGUGUCACAAAGCCUCAAAAGAAGAGGAUGAAUUCUUCGGAUUUUCUUGAUGAUAUAACAUCAGAAAAAUUAACUGAACAUUUAAGUUCCAGUUUAGCUGAAACUUAUUCCUAA